ACAUCCAUCUGUGACAUUUUGGGAGCCUGCAGACUCUUGCACAUGCCCUUAAGAAACAGUUCACAACUUCCCUGCUUCAGAUGAAAAACAUGAACUUUUUAAUAUGUUUUGCUCUCUUGAGUGGGAUUUUUGCUGCCCCGUUCAUGAAAGAAGAGGAAGCAAAGCGAUUUAUCAGACUGAAGAGACAGUCAGGCUACUGGGAUCCCAACCACUCUCAGAACCAAUGGGGCUACACCGUUCAAGAACAGGCUAAUGAGUACUGGACAGCUCUUCGAACAGAUGCCCAGUACUACAUGGACAUGGGCAACCUGAUGUUUGACCGCUCUGUGGCAGCUGAGAACAACAAGCUGUAUAUGGAGAUGCUAAGGAAUGCUCGAGCUCACCUGGAUGCGCAGACAGGCAGACACUGACAGAUGGCGUAUGGAGAAGCUCGUGCCAAGAGUCAUAGUCGUCAUCCUCUUGGUUACUGUAUCUGCAAUUCAUUUUAUAUAGCCUACUCACUCAGCGUGUGUGCACAAGCGCUGUGCCCUUAAAGAUGAGCACGUAAGACUGUUCAUGUGUUUUAUAAAUGUCGAGAAAAGAGCACUUAACAUAGUAGUGUAGCACACAGGACGCUUGUGCAGAAUGGUAGAUGCAUUACUGACUAAUCCUACAUGCAUGAAUGCUCGAAUGGAAGCAGAUCAAUAAAGCAAACAUUUAUGUAUGGAAACACCAACAAAAUCAGUCGUUUGAUUAUAUAUUUGGACAAAAAGUCGCAACAUCAAAACAUAUAACAUCGACAUAAACUUAUAGCGGACUUUACAGUCAUCAGUCUCAGUCUCACAUCAUUUGACGAGCCAUAGGAUACGUUUUGUUUAUUUUCCGUAGCGGCGCUGAGGCAUCAAUUGACUUUCAGAAUCAUUGCACUCGUGCACCAAAAGCAAUUGGCUAGUCAGAGAAGAACGGAUGCUGAGCGCUGUACCGCACCCAUUAAAGAUGUCAAGUGAAAUCCGCCCAUGACUGCAGAGAAUCAGCAACCAGACUCAAAACGACGUGGAUUAAUAUAUUCCUGAGAAUUUUCUUUCAGUCACUGUGUUGAGAGCGCAAUAUACAGAGCAUCUUAUCCUAGCAGCGAUGGCUAACAGAGGACCCAGUUAUGGGCUAAGCCGAGAGGUGCAGGAGAAGAUAGACCAGAAGUAUGCCGUGGACCUGGAGACCAGGCUGGUGGAGUGGAUCAUCAUCCAAUGUGGAGGAGACAUUGAUCGGCCACAGCCAGGCAGAGAAAACUUCCAGGACUGGCUCAAGACUGGGACAAUCCUUUGUAGGCUCAUCAACAGCCUAUACCCUCCUAGUGACAAGCCUAUUAAGAAGAUCCCUGAGACAAAGAUGGUGUUUAAGCAAAUGGAAAAGAUCUCUCAGUUCCUACAAGCAGCCGAGGCCUACGGAGUAAUCAAAACAGACCUCUUCCAGACUGUGGACCUUUGGGAAGGGAAGGAUUUAGCUGCUGUUCAGAGGACCAUAUCCGCUCUUGGCAGUAUCGCCCUCACAAAGGAUGACGGCCAUUAUCGCGGGGAACCCGACUGGUUCCACAGGAAAGCUCAAGGCAACCGGAGGGAGUUUACUGAAGAGCAGCUGCGUCGUGGUCAGAAUCUGAUUGGGAUGCAGAUGGGGAGCAACCAGGGAGCAUCUCAGUCUGGCAUGAAGGGCUACGGCAUGCCACGGCAGAUCAUGUAAAAAAUAACACACCUCCGGGUGAGCGGAGUGGGGGGUGGGCUCUUUGUUUUUAACCCUCUCUUGAGGCAUGAGGUUGCACUAGCUAUGUAGGGUGCCUAGAUGUCACUUAUACAAUAAAUGCAAAUCUUAAUAUUGAAAUCUGAAGAUUGUUUACGUACUGGGAGCGUGAUGGGAAAGAGGGGAAAUCCCGUGGAUGUGGAUUCAGAAAUCCUUUACAAGGGCCUUACACCCUUUUACACAGUGGUGUCAUUUCCGUCAGUGUGGAUGAUGUCUGUGCCUCAGUUAUCACAGGUGGGACAGGAACUAUGCCAUUAUUUUCUAGAACACAUUUAUUUUGUUUUGAAGCAUUAUUGUAAUUUAUUAUCCAAUAACCUUAGUAUUAAAAUGUAAUUCCUAAUGGCACUAUUAUUUUUUAUGAAGUACCUCACUGUGGAAUGUGAAUACGAGGAUGUUACACUACAACCUUUGUUGCAUGUAUUUUUAUGUUGAAUAUUCAGUAACAGAAAAUGAUAGUCAACAACUUCAGAAAUAUUUUUGUCUUCUCGCUAUUACCUAAUCGACACGUUUGAGUUACACUGUGUUAUAUGUACCUUGGAUAAGGUGUAAGCAAUUAAACUACUGAAAAUACAUAAAGGGCAACUUUCAAUUGAAUUGUUAA